AUGGAUUCCAGGAAAAGGAUCUCCAAAGAUACGGCCAAACCAAGAAGAAUUUCGUCUCGCACAAACCGACGCCUCCGAAAAUCCGGCUGCCCCAAGAUUGGCGGUGGCGUGUGUAUCACAGACAAGCUAGAGGCCCUGAAAAGCCUCCUUCCUUCUGAGAAUUCUGAAAUAAACACGGCGCUGCUUUUCCAGGAGACGGCCGACUACAUUGUUCGUCUCAAAACUCAGGUUUUUAUUUUGCAGAAACUGAUUGACUUCUACGGAUCCCAAAAGCCCCAACAAAAUCCAAAUACNGUAUGA